CUGACGUUUUGUGCACGUGUUUCCCCGUUGUUAGGACCUGACUGCACCUGGAUACUAUUUUCGUUGGCCACUUCAAACAUAUCUUUCUGCAUUUGCUCUGUCGGCGGUCAUUUUGGGUUUAGUACUUCCAGUGUGUCACCUACUGGCAGAGUCUGUGUGACCUAAAGACAAUAACACACCAGGUCCCAGGACCAUAUCCCCCAAAAUAUGGUUAAUUUGUAGGAACAACACACCACAGCUUUGUGUACUUACCUUGGGCCAAUGAGACUUAUUCAAACAUUCGUUGCUAUGGUUCUCCUCGUCACUUUAUUUCUGAUCUUCUUCUACUCAACCCUACACCUAGAGAUAACCUACACUCAGAGGGCCAGAGCAGAGGACGGCCUGAAGAAUCGCAGCCUCUGGUUCCACAACCCUGCUAUGACAACACAACCCUCCAAGCAGGACAUCUUCACCACGCCUCAACCAGAUGUCCACAGUGUGUCUGUUUCUGAUGGUUUCAAAAAUACAAUCACUCAGAAUGACGCGUUCUGGAACCGUAUGCUGUAUUCAGGUCUCCUGAAUCUGGACAAGGGAGGAAAUCCUUUCAGACAUGCCUCAAAGUGGUCUCGCUGCAGGGAGACAAAUCUAGAGCUUCUGCAAACCAAUGUGCACGACUUCUCCUCCUACCCUGUCUUAAUCCGGGACUUUUUGCAAGGCAUGAACUGCAGGUCCCCUCCAGUCCUGAUCAAUCAACCCAACAAGUGCAUCUCCGCUGAAGAGGAGGGAGACAAGCAGACCUUCUUGCUUUUUGCCAUCAAGUCAGUUCCUGGAAACUUUGAGCAGAGACAGGCGGUGCGGGAGACCUGGGCUCGAGAGGCAGUGAAUCAGAGUAGACCAAAAGUGCGCACAGUGUUUCUCCUGGGUAGCUCCCCACAGGAUGACCCUGACCUCAACUCACUGCUGUCGUUUGAAGCAAGACAUUUUGGGGACCUCCUGCAGUGGGACUUCCAUGAAUCCUUCCUGAAUCUGACACUCAAAAUGAACGCGUUCCUCCAGUGGACACUGACAAACUGUCGUCAUGUCUCCUUCAUCUUUAGCGGGGAUGAUGAUGUAUUUGUCAACACACCAGGAUUACUCAGCUACCUGCAGUCUCUGGAGCCUUCAAAAUCCUCUCAGUUGUAUGUUGGACAUGUUAUAGGCACAGCGAGUCCCCUCAGAGAUCCUAAAAGCAAAUACUACAUUCCUCUGAGCUUCUAUGACGGCCCAUACCCUGCUUAUGCUGGUGGAGGUGGUUUUCUUUUCUCUGGUGCAUUGCUGCAACCCCUAUAUUCAGUUUCACAUGUCAUUCCUUUCUUCCCCAUCGACGAUGUCUACACUGGGAUGUGUUUUAUGGCUCUGGGAGUUUCUCCUGAGGCACACACAAGCUUUCAGACCUUUGACAUCAAGGAGCAGGAUCGCGAGAAUCUGUGUGUAUAUAAACAUCUUAUUCUGACUCACAGGCGCUCUCCACACCAGCUAAUAAAGCUGUGGAAGGGCAUUCACAGCCCUUUAUUGACUUGUUGAACAGGACUGGUGAGAUAAAGAUGAUUGUGGGUUUUGUACUGUCCACUGUUGACAUCUUGCAACGAAUCUGAACUGUUGGCAUAAAAAAAAAAAAAGGAAAUGUGUAGUUAAGCAGCCUUUUAAGUUUUAUCAGGACUUCUUUAGCUUUGCAAGGUUAAAAAUGUACACCCAUUUUUAACCUUGCAAAGCUAAAGAUGCAUUCAGCAUUUUUGGUGGGUCCUGUGUGCAUCAAGGGUAAAAAUAUUUUACAGCCAAGUUAAUUUAAACCCCUUUUUUUUAGAUUAACCCCUUCUCCCUCUGUUGUGCAAUUUCUAUUUUCCUACUGAACUUCAAUAAAAACAAUUCAACCAAGACAA